CACGUGCACGUGUAUCAAACUGCCGUGAAGCUGCUGUCCCUGCAGAGAUGCUGCUACAUGGACCGAGUGCUUGUUCAGCAUGUCGUGGCUGCACUGGAUUCUGUGGGCGGAGCUACACACCAGCAGGAGGUCAUGAUGGACGGGGAGGAAGUGAUGCACUUUCUGAACAGUAUGUUUGAUCAUGCGUCAAAGGACAUUCCUGAGGAAGCUCCAGAGGAGAUAUCUGGUCUGAUGUUCAGGUUGUUUGACAGGCUUGGGACGGGUCAAGUGUCUGUUCGUUCUCUACAGACCGCUCUAGUCGCUCUGUCUGCUGACUUCCUGCUGCCCAAGUAUCAAAGUUUGGUGAGCAUUUCAGCUGGUGGUUCGGGUUCCGUCAGCCAGUCCGGACUAAGGUCUCUGCUGCAGGACUUGAACCAGGUUCCUCUGGCGGUUCAGGGCGGUGAGGCGUAUGGGGGUGUGGAGGUGGCUGUGAAGGCCUGCUUUAAUGGGGUGCUGACCCCGACAGCUAGUGAAGAGCAUGUGCUGACAUGGCUGCAGAGCGAGCCACCCCCGUUGCUAUGGUUACCGGCUUUGUUCCGGCUUACCGCCAGUCAGAAGGUUCGUCACCCUGUCCGCUGCCACAGCUGUAAGACCGCCCCCAUCAUUGGGCACAGGUAUCGAUGCAUGAGGUGCAUCAAUGUACAUGUGUGUCAGAGCUGCUUCCUGACUGACCAAUGCAGAGGGAAGCACAAAGCCCACCACCCGGUACAAGAGUUCUGCUCUCAGCCCACCUGGAGGGAGUCUCUGUUCUCGUUAGUGCGCAGCGCUCGUCAUGCCGUGUUGCAGAGACGACGCACUCAAAGAAUUGUGCACAGGAAAGUUCAGAUGUGGGUGGAGCCAGAAGAAAAGAACAACAGUUCACCACCUUCAGACAGCUCACAGCCAACGACCUCGGCUCUCAGCCCCUCUGAGGAUCCUCUUCCGCCAUCAUCUUCAUCUAAAGCUUUGCAGACAGAGGAGUUGCCAUGUCAGCAGCCACCUGUCCUGCUGACUGAAGUCAGAAACCUGCAGAGAGACAAGUGGCUGCUGGAGCAGCAGAUGAGGGCGUGGCAGCUCACUGUCCAAUCAGAGCACAGCCUUUUGGAGGACAGGUGCGCCAACAUGGAGGGAACCUUAGAAACACUCAGACAUCACAACAACCAACUCCGUGACAUGCUGACACAGGCUUUGACCAGGAUAGAGUCCCAGCAAAACCAAAAGGAAAAUCUCCUCAGUGAAGAAAAAAGUGAAACAUCUGCAGAAGAAUGUCAAGAAAAAGCAGAGGAAGAGGAGGAGCAGCUAGAAAAGAAGGAUGAGGAGUGCUGCAGUGAAACAACUCAAUCUCCCACAAUUCACCUAAAUCUGACACAUGAUGCAGACUGGGAAGACGUGGAGGAGGGAAAGGAGGAUGAGGAGGAGGAGGAGGAGGAGGGAAAGGAGGACGAGGAGGUAAAGGAGGACGAGGAGGUAAAGGAGGACGAGGAGGCCACUGAUUACGUCAGUCUUCCUUCUUCAGCAGAAGAGGAUGAGGAUGGUGAAGGAGUGGGACAAAACAGUUUAUUGUUUAUGGAAGAUGAGCAUUCUGGGAUAUGCAGUCUAGAGGACUUGCUGCUGCAGGUCGUGGACAGACUGAAGGUGGAAAUGGAGGCAGACAGGUGGACAGAAAGACAGACAGGUGAGAAGCAGAGGGCGGAGCUUCUGCAGGCGGGAGGACAGGUGGGAAGCUCCGUACAUCAUCUGGUGGAUGCAGUAAGAAGCAAAAGAUGAACCAUAAUGUUUGACUGACUGUGGAGUUUUGAGGAACACCGUUAUGGAUGGGUGACGGGUCUGUUUGACUGCACCCACAACAGUAGCUUUAAAAGCAUCUGACAGUUCAUCUGUAGAUCUUCAGCAAAGUCCAUGUCUUGAUGCUCAGGCCACCUGCAGCUUAUGCAUGUCAUCAAUGACAUUCACAACUUUUAGUUUUACAGAAACAGUCUGAUCGGACGCCAGACACCAAAGAAUGGUUCAAACACAGGAUAAACCAGACCGAUGAGCUAAGUCCAGAACCUUCAAAUGCUUCCUAUGAAGAUGCUCCUUGGUUGCUCAGGCGACGUGUUUGAGAUUCUUGUCCCGCUGGAUGAUCCAGACACAUUUCUCACUGCUAGUCUGUUCUGUCUUGCUUUUGUUUCACAUAAUUUCAUCUCAAGUGGGAAUUUUUUUUAAAAUAGUGAUCUUUAGAUCAGUGUUAUUUCAGCUUGAAGGCAGUUUGUGGCUUAAAAACUAUGUUACUUAAAAACAUUACUUGAAAAUGUUUAUCUUUCGUUUGAUUUUCUUGGUUAGGAUUUAAAAUGUUUAUAUUUCUGUAACAUUAUAUCCCCUUUUUAAGACAAUAAAAUAUAUAUGUUAG